AUGGGCAAGAAAAGCAAACUGGGCAAGAGCCGCCGGGAUAAAUUCUACCACCUGGCCAAGGAGACAGGCUUUCGCUCCCGCUCCUCCUUCAAGCUGCUGCAGCUCAACAGAAAGUUCCAGUUCCUGCAGAAGGCUCGGGCACUGCUGGACCUGUGUGCAGCCCCCGGAGGGUGGCUCCAGGUGGCUUCCAAGUUCAUGCCAGUGUCCAGCCUGAUCAUUGGAGUGGACUUGGUCCCCAUCAAACCCAUUCCCAACGUGGUGACACUGCAGGAGGACAUCACCACCGACAAGUGCCGCCAGGCCCUGCGCAAGGAGCUGCAGACCUGGAAGGUGGAUGUGGUGCUGAACGAUGGAGCACCCAACGUGGGAGCCAGCUGGGUGCAUGAUGCCUACUCCCAAGCAAACCUGACCCUGAUGGCCCUGAAACUUGCCUGUGAGUUCCUCUGCAAGGGAGGUUGGUUCAUCACCAAGGUGUUCCGUUCCCGAGACUACCAGCCACUCCUGUGGAUCUUCCAGCAGUUUUUCCAGAAGGUCCAGGCCACCAAGCCCCAAGCCUCUCGCAAUGAGUCUGCAGAGAUCUUUGUGGUGUGCCAGGGUUAUCAGGCUCCAGACAAAAUUGACAGCAAGUUCUUUGACCCCAAAUACGCAUUCAAGGAGGUGGAGAUUCAGACCAAGUCUGUUAGUGAGUUGGUCAGCAAGAAGAAGCCAAAGGCAGAAGGUUAUGCUGAUGGUGACACGACUCUCUACCACCGUUUCACCCUCAUGGACUUCCUCAAGGCUCCCAACCCCGUGGACUUCCUCUCCAAGGCCAACGAGAUCACGCUGGGGGACACGGAGCUGGAGAGUCACAGCUCCACCACGGAGGAGCUGCGCCAGUGCUGCAAGGACAUCCGCGUGCUGGGCCGCAAGGAGCUCAGAGCUCUGCUGAACUGGAGGACGAAGCUCAGGAGGUUUUUGGCCAAAAAACUGAAAGAGCAGGCGAAGGAGAUGGAUAUCAACCUGAGCUCUGGGGAGGAGGAGGAAGGCAGGGAGGAGGAGAAGAGGGAGAAGAAGAAAGCGCUGAAAGCUGCAGCUGAUGAGGAGGUGAAAGAGGAAGAGGAGGUGGAGCUGGCGCUGGCAGAGAUGAAGGCCAAGGAGCUGGCAGAGCUGAAGAGGAAGAAGAAGAAGAUCCUGAAGGAGCAGCGGAAGCAGCGUGAGCGUGUGGAGCUGAAGAUGGACCUGCCUGGUGUCUCCAUUGCUGACGACGGGGACACCAGCAUGUUCUCCCUGAGGAGCAUCCACAGGACCCCGCUGCUGGAUGAGCUGUCCCGAGGGGACAUGGCCUCAGCAGAUGCUCUCCUGGAGUUGGGUCCUGGGGAUGAUGACAUUUAUGUCUCAGACCAUGAAGAAGGGGAUGAUUCAUCUCUGGACAGUGACUUGGACCCUGAGGAGCUGCUGGAGAUCGAGGCCCGACAGCGCAAGCUGGAGAGGGAGAGGAGAGAGCAGGGAGGGAAGAGGGCGAAGUCUAAGCAGAAGGAAGAGGAGGAGGAGGAAGGGCAGGAAGGGGAGAAUCCUCUGCUGGUGCCCCUGGAAGAGAAGUCAGUGCUGCAGGAGCGACAGACCAGCCUGUGGUUUGGGAAGGACGCCUUUGCUGGCAUCGAGGAUGAUGCAGAUGAGGACCUGGAGCUGGGGCAGGCCCAGAUGUUGGCUGAGAAGCAGCGUGAGUCUCAGAGAGACAGAGCAACAAAGAAAGGGCAGAAGAAGCAGAAGGUGCCCCAGGAAGAGGCUCCAGCUGAGGCCCCACCAGCCCCAGCCCCAGCCCCUGGCACCGGGAACACACAGGAUGAGCAGAGCAGUGAUGACGACAGCAGCAGCGACGAGGAGGGCCCACCAGCCCCCGUGGUGAGGCAGCGAGGCCGUGUGGAGCCGUGUGGCUUCGAGGUGGUGCCCAUUGAGAACCCAGUGAAAAGAGCUCGAGUGCUGGAUGCAGAGGGCCUGGCCCUGGGCUCUGUCAUCGCCACCUCCAAGAAGGCUCGGAGAGACCUCAUCGAUGACUCCUUCAACAGGUAUUCCUACAACGAGGACGAGGGGGAGCUGCCCGAGUGGUUCACGGAGGAGGAGAAGCAGCACCGGCGCAAGCAGAUCCCAGUGGACAAGCAGACGGUCGAGGCCUAUCGGCAGCGCUGGAAGGAGAUCAACGCUCGACCCAUCAAGAAGGUGGCAGAGGCCAAGGCUCGCAAGAAGCGAAGGAUGCUGAAGAAGAUGGAGCAGAUGAAGAAGAAGGCAGAGGCUGUGGUGAGCACAGUGGACAUCUCGGAGCGGGAGAAGGUGGCCCAGCUGCGACGCAUCUACAAGAAGGCUGGGCUGGCCAAGGAGAAGCGCCAGGUCACCUACCUGGUGGCAAAGAAGGGGGUAGGACCCCGUGUGCGCCGUCCCGCCGGUGUCAAGGGCCAGUUCAAGGUGGUUGACAGUCGCCUCAAGAAGGAUGUGAGGGCUCAGAAGCGCAAAGAGCAGAAGAAAAAGCGCCACAAGUGA